GGGGACCAGGCUCCGGGUGGCAGCUGCUGGGCGCACCGCGCUCGGGGCUCGGAGCCUGGACUGCGGUCCCGGGAGCCGCGCGCCGCGCGCUCCAUGUGGGCACCGCAGAGCCGGGAUGAGGCCGCCCGCGCUGCUGCCGCCGGCGCUGCUGACCUGCUGCGGCUGGCUGCUCGGCCCGGUGAACAGCAUUCACCCGGAAUGCCGACUGCGUCUGGAAAUACAGGAGGAAGAAACCAAGUGUGCGGAGCUCCUGAGGGCCCAGGCAGAGCUGCCCAGAGCCUGCAGCGGCGUCUGGGACAACCUCACGUGCUGGCGCCCGGCGGACGUCGGGGAGACGGUGACGGUGCCCUGCCCCGCGGUGCUCAGCAGCCCUCACGGCAGAGCAGGGAACAUCAGCAAGAACUGCACGGGCGACGGCUGGUCCGAGAUGUUCCCGGAUUUCAUGGACGCGUGCGGCUACAGUGACCCCGAGGACGAGGGCAAGAUCACGUUCUACGUCCUGGUGAAGGCCGUCUACACCCUGGGCUACAGCGUCUCCCUGGUCUCCCUGGCAACCGGGAGCGUAAUUCUCUGCCUCUUCAGGCGGCUGCACUGCACCCGGAACUACAUCCACCUGAACCUGUUCCUGUCCUUCAUCCUGCGGGCCCUCUCGGUGCUGGUCAAGGACGACGUCCUGUACUCCGGCUCGGGCGCCCUGCACUGCCCCGACCGGCCGUCCUCCUGGGUGGGCUGCAAGCUGAGCCUGGUGUUCUUCCAGUACUGCAUCAUGGCCAACUUCUACUGGCUGCUGGUGGAGGGGCUGUACCUGCACACCCUCCUGGUGGCCAUCUUCUCCCCCAGCCGCCGCUUCCCGGCCUACCUCCUCAUCGGGUGGGGCAUCCCCACCGUGUGCACGGGCGCGUGGACCGUGGCCAGGCUCUCUUUAGAAGACACAGGUUGCUGGGAUACCAACGAGCACAGCGGCCCCUGGUGGUUGAUUCGGGCACCGAUUUUGCUGUCCAUUGUAGUCAAUUUCGCCCUCUUCGUCAGCAUCGUGCGGAUCCUGCUGCAGAAGCUCCUGUCCCCAGACGUGGGCGGCAGCGAGCAGUCGCAGUACAAGAGGCUGGCCAAGUCCACCCUGCUGCUCAUCCCCCUGUUCGGCGUGCACUACAUGGUGUUCGCCGUGCUCCCCAUCGGCAUCUCCUCCAAGUACCAGAUCCUGUUCGAGCUGUGCGUGGGGUCCUUCCAGGGCCUGGUGGUGGCCGUGCUCUACUGCUUCCUCAACAGCGAGGUGCAGAGCGAGCUGAGAAGAAGGUGGCAGAGCCGGUGCCCGGGCCGGCCCUCCAGCCGGGGCGACAGGCUGCACAGCCUGUCCAUCUCCAGGAACGGCUCGGAGAGCACCCUGCACUUGCCCCGCGGCUCCCGCGCGGCGUCCUUCCUGCAGACGGAGACCUCGGUCAUCUAGUGCCGGCCGGCCCGGCCCCAGAGGGACGCGGCCACCGUGGGGCCCUCGCUCGCCCCGUCCCCGGGCCUGGG